UAUUUCUUUCUCAUUUCUAAAAACCUAACCCCUCCAAGGAGUCCAACAUGGAAGAGUUUAAAGAUGCAAGUCCACCUGAAGAAUUACUUGAUCACUUAAAGCUUUCUGAUCAGAAGUCUUCAGAGACUGGCCCCAAAGAUGCACAGAAUCCCCAAAACACUGAAAGUGGAUACGCACCAUCUUCAGCCAAAGAUCCCACAACAGCAGAUGAGUGUUUCCAUGACUGUCACGACUCCUUUGAGGGAAAAGAACCUAUGCUGGAUGAUGAAGGGAAUUUACAGGAUGAUGAGAAUAGCUCAAGGAAGCAGACAGAACUAGAUGAAGAAUACUUACUAGAACUAGAAAAAGAUAUGCCAGAGGAAGAAAAACAGAAAAGAAGAAAGGAGAGCACAACGCUGAAGGAGAAAGGAAAUGAACAGUUCAAGAAAGGAGACUAUGGAGAGGCGGAAGACUCUUAUACGAAGGCUCUGCAGAUUUGUCCAGCCUGCUUCCAAAAAGAUAGGGCUGUUUUGUUUUCAAACAGAGCUGCUGCAAAAAUGAAACAGGACAAGAUGGAAGCUGCCCUAAGUGACUGCAGCAAAGCAGUGGAAUUGGAUCCUAACUAUAUUAGAGCUUUGCUGAGGAGAGCAGAACUAUACGAAAAAACAGAAAAACUAGAUGAAGCUCUGGAAGAUUAUAAGGCAGUCCUAGAAAAAGACCCAUCAGUUCAUCAAGCCAGAGAAGCUUGCAUGCGAUUACCUAGACAAAUUGAAGAGCGGAAUGAAAAAUUAAAGAAAGAAAUGUUAGGCAAACUGAAGGAUCUUGGGAAUUUGGUUCUCCGCCCCUUUGGCCUGUCGACAGAAAAUUUCCAGAUAAAGCAGGAUUCAUCAACUGGUUCAUACUCCAUCAAUUUUGUUCAAAAUCCAAACAACAAUAGAUAACAUUAAUUCAGUCUAGUUCUGCUGGCUUUCAGGCUUUGUGACCGUAUGCUUGCACGUACCAAUAAAAGGAUUCAGCAAACAUUCUUCGCGCUCCCCAAGUGAAGAUAAGACUCAAGCAUAUUCAUUUCCCUGCUUGUGAAAUAAUUUACAAUGUGGAUGUAAAGCAAAUCGUUUCACUUCUCUUAGUGAUAAGUGUCCAGUGUGUGAUUUUUUUUUUUUUUUCCUUCCCUUGCGGUGUUUGGAUGUCCAACAGUCAGGUUCAUUAUUUUGGCCCAUUCAAUGCUGGCAACAAAAUUCUAGCAAGCAAUUCAGUGGAAUCAAAAUGCCCACGCACCUGUAGCCAAGAACAAAGCCUAAUGGUGUCUUGGGGAAUUAAUGAAUCUAGCAGAAGCACUUCUCCACACUCAGCAGGUGGAUAUGACUGACAGCAUGCAUGGAAGCAAGCCAGCCUCUUCUGUGGAAUAAUUCUCUUUGUAAUAAAGGCUUGGUAUUUCUGUUGG